CCGGUUCUGUGGUCCGGCGCAUCACUCCGCGCCCUGCCGUCGACGUCGUAGCCCGUUCACUCUUCUUGUCUAUUAUUUAUAUAGUAAUAAUGUACAAAUCAUUGGUUCUCAUCUGUGCUUUGUGCUUGGUGAUUAUUGAGGCGCGACCAAAAUGGCAGUUCUUACCUCCAGUGCCUGGCUACGUACCCGUCUACAUCAGAUCUGGAGACACACCGCUGGAGGAGAUCAAUCCAGAACUAGCUGAAGCCUUCCACGCAUUACCAGCUGGCAGGAGCGCUGGUAAACUUGUGGAUGCCGCACCAGAAAUACCAGAUCAAGCUGACCAGGCACAGCCCGACGUGGUAUUAGAACCAGAAGAGCAUCACUACGAAAAAAAGUUUCUAGACAAGAAAAAGAAAGCCACUGAAGUAGUUAAACCUAGCGAACGCAGAUAGACGUUGUACUUAAAUCAUUUUUAUAUAUACUAUUUUAUCAUACAACAAAGUACACUGUGUUAAUAUUGUUGUAAGAAAAAGUUAAAUAAUAAAAAUAAAAUCUCUAUUGCAAGUAUUUAACUUGACAAUAUGUGGUUGAUAUUUGAGGGGAUUAAAAUAAAUAUUUGGUAUUAACUUUCUUAUGCAGUUACAUAUUUUGUUUUAAAGAAUAAA